GCGACGGCAUUCUGCCUUUAGCUGUGGUGGUGUAUGUGUCGGAUCUGAAGCCAGAAGCCAAAAGAGUUGUUGUCUGUUCCCUGCAUCGAAGUGAAGAUUUGACGCCGUGCCGUGCAAACUCCGAGCAAGCCGCCAGGCACAGGAUUCGAGCAGCAAGCGUUUUGACAUUCCGCGAACGGCUUGCGAGCGAAAAACUACAGAGCAAUGGCCUGCGCCACGCUGAAACGCCACCUCGAUUGGGAUACCUUGCCCGGACUCGCACCUCGGCAGGCAAAACGUCGUCGUUUCGUUCCAUUCACGGCUGUUGCAUCGCGUCAGAAGGAAACGGCCUCAGUGUUCCAGGACGCAGCGCCCAAACUCACGCCAGAAUUCAUCGCCUCCUCUGUGUGUCACGAGGUCCGUCUUCUACAGAGACGCAAGCAGCUGCCACCCUUCAGCCUCAACUCCCCACCGUCGUCUCCGACGUCGGCUUCAACUUCUGGAGCUGAGUCCAGCAAUAGUAGCACCCCCCUGUUCACCUUCAAACAGGUCAACAUGAUUUGCGAGCGGAUGGUACGGGAGCGUGAGGACGAGCUCCGCCAACACUAUGACAAAGUGCUCAACGACAAACUCGCGGAACAGUACGAUGCCUUCGUCCGCUUCACGCAAGACCAGAUCCACAGGCGGUUCGCCAACGAGGCCGCUCCUUCUUACUGCUCGUAGAAAUUCCGCCGUCAGGACAAAAUCGAUAGAGUUCAAUACAAGCCACCAUAUGAAGAGAAGAUACAGUUAAACACAAUGUCGACAAUCAAUACGUCAGUCCGAUCAUUUGAUGGGUCGGGCUACCGUUCGCUUUGUCGACAUUGCAGCCACCAGCUCUCUACUAGGACAUUUCAAUAGUAAUUUGGGUAGCCGUUGAAUAUUAUUACGAUCACCAUUAUAACAAACCAGCGGGGCGACAUGCAUACGAACGAUUUUGUACUGCAAUGUACAACGACACGAGGUCCUGAUGCGUGUGGCUGCCGGAAAUUUUCGGAAACGUGAGGAGUUGAAACGAAGCGAAUCGGUGUGUCAUCAACAAGUUUACCUGAUGGACAAGGGCCACAUGAGUGAUAAAUGUAACAACAGCUGAUACGAAAUCGAAAGUUAUGAAGUAUGAGCAGAUGAGACUGUCUAAUCGUGGCCUUAGCGGCGUUUCUCGGUCAUUGCACGCUUCGUGCAUCAAAACCGAUCGAUUCGAGGUGGAUUGAGAUGUCAUGGGUUAAUUUGGCAUUACGAGGAGAAGAAGACGACGGGACAGGGGAAGUCGGGGGGGGGGGUGUCUAUGAGGGAUAUCAGAGAUUCAAAGGGAAUAAUCCUCCGAAUGCGGUUCUCGGUGUUCAAGAGAAGCAGCGAAAAGCUACGAAUCGGCGGUGCGGAGUCUCUGUCGCUCGCUUCUGGCUCACGCCCGUUGUCGGAGCCGAAGGUAUUCAUCAUGCGCGAGCGACGCAAAACUUCGACGAAACCUCUUGAACCGAGAGAAACGCAUUCUCGAGAGCAGGGUUGCAUUUCAGGGACCUCGAGCGGAAAC